CCACAACCGGCGGCUGGGAGGUGCUCAGGACACAGCGAACGCCGACGGCCUGGGGUCAUCCACAUGAUGACGGUGACUAUGCAGCUUCUAGUGUUGCUAUGCGCACUAGGCCUUAUGUUCGGCACAGCAACAGCCGCAGGGGAUUCUAUCGUGUCGACCAAGUCGGGAGAUGUCCGAGGCGUUGGGAUGAAGUCCUUCCUUGGGGAGGAGUAUUUCUCCUUCAAAGGCAUUCCGUACGCCGAGCCUCCGCUGGGGCCGAUGCGGUUCCGGGCGCCACAGCCUCACCCGGGCUGGACGGGGGUCCGUGACGCCAAGGACCACGGCGACGUGUGUCUGCAGUACGACGUGUUCGCCGGUGGUGUGAUGGCCGGCUCUGAGGACUGCUUGUUCGUGAACGUGUACACACCAAGCCUACCCACCUCGGACAAGCAUCCAGACCUGCCGGUAAUGGUGUGGAUCCAUGGCGGGGGUUUCAUCAAUGGCUACGGAGACGCUGAAUUUUACGGCCCGGACUAUUUCAUGGACGAGCAGGUGGUGCUGGUGACCUUCAACUAUCGUCUUGGGCCGUUCGGCUUCCUAACCACGGCCGACGCUCACGCCCCCGGUAACUACGGCCUGCAUGACCAGGUGCUUGCCCUUGAGUGGGUGCAGGCCAACAUCGAGGCGUUCGGCGGCAAUCGCGACGACGUCACCAUCUUCGGCGAGUCGGCCGGCGGCGCCAGCGUAGGCCUGCAGGUGCUGAGCCCGCGCUCGCGGGGCCUCUUCGCCAAGGCCAUCAGUCAGUCAGGAGCGUCGUUCUGCACUUUUGGUGCCAGCGGAAAGCCUCAGGGUCAGGUGGUUCGACAGCAUGCUGAGGUGCUGGACUGUGAUACUACCAGCAGUCAGACUAUUGUAGAAUGCCUCCGUCAGAAGCCCGCCGAGGAUGUCCUGUCGGUCAUGCCGAAACUAGCCCCGGACGCCCCAUUGGGAAUGGAUAUCCUCUACAAGCCACGCGUGGAUGCUGAGUCGUCGUCGCCGUUUUUACCUGAGAACCCGUACGUGGCUCUGAAAGAGGGUCACUUCAACAGGGUGCCCUGGAUGAAUGGGCUGAACAGCGACGAGGGCGCAUUUUCCGUCGUCUUUAAAGGCAUUGGGAGAAAGGUACCACCCUAUGAAAGUCGCGAUUGGGAUAUCUGGGCUAAGGAACUGCUCGAGAUCUCCCAGGUGACGGCAGACCCGGCCGCGAUGGCCCAGCGCAUCUACAGGUACUACUUUGGCGAUGACCCGGUGACAGGCGCCAACCUGAACCUGCUGGUGGACAUGUUGACAGACAGAGGGUUUGCCUGUUGCAUAUCUAGUGAGAUAGAGCUGGCCUCUGCUCAUACCAACGUGUACAAGUACAUGCUGGAUCACUUGGGGCCAGGCAAGCAGAACUUUGUCGAGGUCCUGACCAAACUCAUGGGGCUGGAGGACGCCAAGGAUAUGGGUGUGUCACAUGGGGAGGACGUGAUGUAUCUCUUCAAGGUAUCAAUCGCUGCACCCAUAACACCGGACUCGGACGAGUACAAGAUGAUUCGAUUCAUGGUGUCGCUGUGGGCCAACUUCGCCCGCCGCGGGUACCCGAGCACUGACGUGGUGCCCAUGCCCAGCUGGCCGAUCUACACGGUCAGCCGUCAGGAGCACAUGCGACUCAACCUAGCGCCGUCUGUGGGCCGCGCCGCUUUCAGUGAGCGGAUGCAGUUCUGGCAGCAGCUCGACAUCCAGGAGAAUUGGCGCCAGCCACAGAUGGGACAGCGCAGGGAUGAGCUUUGAGCGACGCUAUCCAACAAUGCUGAGCUUUCGAAGGCGAUACCAAACCCUGAAAACGGGCUGCGUAAUCGGCUGCAGAUUCUAGAGCUGGCGUUGCGGACUUUUGAGCCUGCAGGCCAGCAGAGCCCUGGGAAGGAGCUCAAAAGUGUUAUCUCUAGUCCACAACAGUUGACAGCUGCAGAAUCUGCGGUGGGUGCUGCAGCCAGCUGCAAGGUGUGAACCAGCCUUGGUGCGCACCGAAUGUAUGUAAACAUGUUAUCGAUAGCUGCCACAUAAAGACGCUAUACGUCUUUGUUAACGUCUUCCGCCCAGAAACCAAUGCAUUGUAAGCAAGUGUCUGCCGCUUCUCAUAUGUCGCAAACCCUCUUUUAUUGCUAAACCAUGUUGUAAAUGUUGUGCUCCGUAAUGUCAACAUAUGAACGGCUACAUGUCGCAAGUUCUUGAUGGAACUCCGUUCCGCUGACAUCUCCCCCUUAACAGCUUGGAUUUUAGAAAGUGGGUUCGUUCUUCUUCUGUACAAGCUAAUACAACUUGUAAUAAAAAUAAC